AUGAUGGAUUCCUCUUCGCGACAGGGAGAGUCUCAGUCAGGGGAACCGUCACAGAAGCCACGCGACAGAAGCAUGAGCUCUACAGGAACAGACAGGGCAGGCUCCGUCAAUGAUCACAUAGAGGAAAAUCCAGGCAUUGCGCUCGUCGAGGACCCGCUGCUAGAGGUCGAAGAUGCACCAUCGGCACAGCUGGACGGUGCAAUGGGUCCAGAACACACCCACCAGGACCAGGAAAGUAUGGCGGUGGCGAGCUCCGCGGUGGAGUGUGCGUGUGCCUACUGUGGGGUCGACCAGGCGUCCUCCGUGGUCAAGUGCAACGUGUGUAGCAAGUGGUUCUGUAACUCGAAGAACGGCACCAACAGCUCACACAUCGUCAACCACCUCGUGCUAUCGCACCACAGCGUCGUGUCCCUGCAUCCGGAGUCAGACCUCGGAGACACAGUCCUCGAGUGCUACCAAUGCGGGAGGAAGAACGUCUUCCUCCUCGGGUUCGUCUCAGCAAAGAGUGAGGCCGUCGUCGUGCUGCUUUGCAGAAUGCCCUGCGCGCAGGGGAAGAACCCAAACUGGGACACGGACCAGUGGCUGCCCCUCAUCCAGGACAGACAGUUCUUGCCCUGGGUCGCAGCGGAACCCGCGGACGAGAACAAACUCGCUGCAAGACUCAUCACCCCAAGUCAGAUCUCGAAGUUGGAGGCCAAAUGGAGGUCCAAUAGGGACGCCACGAUAAACGACAUCGAGACCACCGAAGAACAGGAGAGCAUCGCACCUUUGCUCCUGAGAUACCAGGACGCGUACGAGUACCAAAGAUCGUACGGCCCGUUGAUCAAACUGGAGGCCGACCACGACAAGCAACUUAAGGAGUCACAGGCAUUGGAACACAUUUCCGUUUCUUGGUCCCUCGCCCUGAAUAAUAGACACUUGGUCUCCUUCGCGCUGUCCACUUACGAAUCAAACGAACUGAAGGUGGCUGUCGGCGACGAGAUGUCCCUGUGGUACUCCGGAUUGCAAAAUCCAGAUUGGGAGGGUAGAGGGUACAUUGUGCGCUUGCCCAACAGUUACCAGGACACGUUUACUUUGGAACUGAAACCAAGCAAGACACCACCCCCAACUCAUCUGACUACAGGGUUCACGGCAGAGUUUAUCUGGAAGGGUACAUCGUACGACAGAAUGCAAGAUGCACUGAAGAAAUUCGCCGUCGACAAGAAAUCUAUAUCCGGGUUCCUUUACUACAAGAUCCUAGGCCAUGAGGUCGUCGACGUCUCGUUCGACGUGCCGCUACCAAAGGAAUUCUCAAUAUCGCAUUUCGCACACUUGAACGCAUCGCAAUCAAACGCAGUGAAGCACGUCCUGGAGCGGCCACUGUCACUGAUUCAGGGUCCACCGGGUACCGGGAAAACAGUCACAUCGGCUACCAUCGUGUACCAUCUGGCCAAGAUCCACAAGGACAGAAUCCUAGUAUGCGCCCCAUCAAACGUUGCCGUGGACCACUUGGCCUCCAAGUUGCGCGACUUGGGGUUGAAAGUCGUAAGAUUGACCGCAAAGAGCAGGGAAGACGUAGAAAGCUCCGUGUCAGAUUUGGCGUUGCACAACUUGGUCGCAAAGUCUUCUCAAGGCGAGUUAAAGAAACUGCUGAAACUGAAGGAUGAGGUGGGGGAACUGUCCGCAGUGGGUACUAGAAGGUUUGUCAAACUGGUGAAGAAGGCAGAAUUGGAGAUCCUUGCAAAGGCAGACGUCGUCUGCUGUACCUGUGUUGGGGCAGGUGAUAAGAGACUUGACACAAGGUUCAGAACGGUGCUGAUCGACGAGAGUACGCAGGCUACGGAACCGGAAUGUCUGAUUCCGAUUGUGAAGGGCGCCAAACAGGUCAUUCUUGUUGGUGACCACCAACAGCUGGGACCUGUCAUUUUAGAGAGGAAGGCAGCUGAUGCCGGCCUGAAGCAGUCUCUGUUUGAAAGGUUGAUAUCGCUGGGCCACGUUCCAAUCAGACUCGAAGUACAGUACCGUAUGAACCCGCACCUAAGUGAAUUCCCAAGUAACAUGUUUUAUGAGGGAACCUUGCAAAAUGGUGUUACCAUCGAACAAAGAACCGUUCUGAACAGCACCUUCCCAUGGCCAAUCCACGGCGUCCCAAUGAUGUUUUGGGCGAACUAUGGGAGAGAAGAAAUUUCAGGGAAUGGUACCUCGUAUCUGAACAGAAUCGAAGCGAUGAACUGUGAACGGAUCAUUACAAAACUCUUCAGGGACGGGGUGAAACCAGAACAAAUCGGUGUCAUUACGCCAUACGAGGGACAGAGAGCAUAUGUUCUACAGUACAUGCAGAUGAACGGUGCAAUGGACAAAAGCUUAUACCUUAAAGUGGAAGUUGCGUCUGUUGAUGCGUUCCAAGGGCGUGAGAAGGAUUACAUUAUUCUCUCGUGUGUCCGUGCCAAUGAACAACAAGCAAUUGGUUUCUUAAGAGACCCUCGUCGUCUGAACGUGGGACUGACAAGAGCUAAAUACGGGUUGGUGAUUUUAGGGAACCCGAGAUCGUUAUCGCGAAACCUACUAUGGAACCAUCUUUUAGUACAUUUCAGAGAGAAAGGUUGUCUGGUAGAAGGUGCCUUGGAUAACUUGCAGCUGUGCACUGUGCAAUUAACCAAAUUGCCACCGAGGAAAAGAGGAGGAAAUGGUAACAAAGAUGCAAACCAGUUUGAAAUAGAUGUAAACACCCGUACUUCUAUCGAUGACUUUGACUUACAAAGUUUAAUGUCUUUUGGUGCCCCAGAAGGCGCCAACGCGUUUAAUAAUGUCUUCACUGCCAACGACGACUUCUCUUCGUUCUUGAAUAACGGGUAUUGGAACUUCCAAAACGUUGAACAGGAUACAGAAGCGGCCAAAGGAAACAACAACGUCUACCAAAAGGAAGGCCAUCCACUGAACUCAAACUAUGCAGGUCAAUUGAGAGACGAAGAUGAAAAUACUACUGAAGCGAUGAAUAAAGGAUUUUCAUCUUUAAAUAUUUAG